AGGAAUAGAAAGCAGAUAGGCACAGAAGAUAGGAGGGGUUAAAGACCAAACAUAACGCGUCUACUCUGUCAUAUUUCACAGUGCAUUAUUUUGGGGUCAGUGAAUUUCUCAAACGAUUAUUGGGUCACAACUCGCAGUCAAGUCACAGCUGAAACCAAACCCAGAAAACAAGAACCUCAAAUGAGCAUCGCCAAUUCACAUUUCAGGACGAACAUCGACAGAUAACAGCGGGGGAACAACAUGGUGUAAGCGUUACGCUGUUAAUCGAGCAAAUUUCGCCGUAUUUGUAAGCUUUUAGCGAAAUUUAACAAAAGGAAACGCAGCUGUUUUCGGCUAUUAGGCUAGCGGCAUAUUCAGCCAUAUGUACUGCGACUGUGUUUUUACAUUCACUUGCUUUAUACGUAAACGUGAUGCAUCUGCAGGAAAGUUCAUGUACACCGUUUGUUUGUGUUCUCCAUGAUGGCCGGCUCGCAAAUAACCAGUGACUGUAACACGAGCACCGGUGGAGAAUGACAUCUCAUCUCAGCAGUUGUUACUGAAAGCCAGAGAAAAUGAACAGGGUGAACGGAUACGUGAUCAUUUAUUUAGUGUCCGUGAUAAGUUUCUGUGCGGCAGGGCCUUUGAACAUCACGACGGUAGAUGGAGAUGUAAGAGAGAACGGAACGGAGGCAGAUGGUGACGGCUCGGUUCCCGUGGUGCUCACCAAAAUAAACCAGAUCAUUGCUCGGGAGGGAAACUGUGCUUUAAUUGACUGUAAUAUCACUGGCGACCCUUUUCCAAAUAUCCAGUGGUUCAACUCACACGGACACCUGCUUGACACAAAGACAAGUGAUGGUAAAUGGUGGAUUCUGGACAAUGGCAUCCUCAACAUCACCAGCAUCACAUUUGCAGACCGUGGAAAAUACACUUGUGUGGCCUCCAAUGCGCACGGCAAGGCCAACUGCACAGUCACACUGCGCGUGGUCUUCACCAAUGGAGAUAUGGGUGUGUACUACAUGGUGGUGUGUCUGGUGACAUUCACCAUCAUAAUGAUUCUGAACAUCACUCGCCUCUGCAUGAUGAGCAGCCAUCUGAAGAAAACCGAGAAGGCCAUCAAUGAGUUUUUCCGCACAGAAGGUGCAGAAAAGCUUCAAAAGGCCUUUGAGAUCGCAAAGCGUAUUCCUAUCAUUACCUCAGCAAAAACGCUGGAGCUGGCCAAGGUCACGCAAUUCAAGACCAUGGAGUUCGCGCGCUACAUAGAGGAGUUGGCGCGUAGCAUACCGCUCCCGCCGCUGAUCAUGAACUGCCGCACCUUCAUGGAGGAGAUUCUCGAGGUCGUCGGCGUGGAGGAAAUGAGACACACUUUUGUCCGGCAAGCACCCGAGAGUCACGAAGCCCCCGGUGGUGCGGUUGCCGGCACUUCCAGCGAUGUUUUCACAAUCUUGCGCGAGAGAGAGCGGGCGAGGGAGAGGGAACGCAGUGAGUCUCCUGCCGCGGACUCCGAUGACGCGUCGCUUCACGAGCAGCCUCAACACAUGGCCAUUCAGGUUUCAAUUCAUCCGCCAUUAGCUGCAGCAGGAUGCUGUAACAUGGAAGCUCCACCUCUAUCUGAAGUAGUCUCGUCUCCACCCCCAUUGGCUCAGCUGCCGUUGGAGGCGGAGUCUGAUGAAAAUGAAAUUAAAGAGGAGUCUGUAGAAGAGGCUGGUGUUACGCAGAAUACCCAAGUCAUUUAUGAAAGCCAUGUGUAAUAUCCUAAACGAAGGAUAAUGACCUCGCUAUGCAUUUUCUUGGGGAAAAAAAAGGUCAAGAUUUUAUUUUAUUUUCAGAAGUUGCUUUCUAUUAGUUGUCUUAGAAAUGAUAAACAGAUGCAUUUGUGUUUAUGUGAAUCUCUCAACUCAAAAAAUGUCAGGGUCGUAUUUCACCAUAAAAUCGAUCGAAAAAAGAGAAAUUAAAUUUUGCAGAAAGAAAAUAGUUUUUCAGAGCUUUUGCAUAGCAUUGUGACUUUCAUUUCAGUUACGCAGUUUAAACCCACCAUUUUUAGAAGCUAUUGUAAUGCAAUAAAUGUUGUUCUCAUUACUGUGCAUUUAAAACAUAUUCAAUAUUCAUUCAAUUAUACAUCAUGCUUGAAUUUGUAAAAGAACUGAAUAUGAGUUUAAAAAAAAUGUCUGAACAGAAUUAUUGUCAUUGCUGUAUUGCAAUAAUUAUAAAAAUUGAAGUGUAUUUGUAUUACUGUAUUAUUAUUAUUAUUAUUAUUAUUAUUAUUAUUAUUAUUAUUAUUAUUAUUAUUAUUAGCAUUACAGCAAAGAUAAUUUAGGGGCAAAAUUUGCUUUAUAUGAUUCACAAUCCCCAAACAUUAGUAAUAUUCCUAAAAAUGUAAUUUUCCUUUAUGGGGGAAAAAAAACUUGAUUUUGGGGUAAAAUAUAACCUUGUCAUUUUUUUAUGAGACUGACCUAAGUUAUUCUUCCCAAUGACAAUGAAUUCUCAUGCUGAAUGUAUUUUGAGGCAAAGUUCUCUAUUUAUUUAAAAAAUCCAGUUUUGCCCAUAAUUUUUUUUCUUUAGUUAACAGAAACUAGGGCUGUUGAGGGAUAUCCUCAUAUAAAGCUCACAUCUUAUGUCUUUAAUUGGCAGACAGAAAGUAGUUUUCCUGUUGGAUGUAGUUGCAGAUUAUCCAUUUCAUGAAUGAAUGAGAACGGAUGACUGAUUAAUACACUUGGCUGAAAGAAAAACUCCUAUACUGUUUGAGGCUGAAGUGCACUUUUCAUUUAAUAUAAAUCAAACAUUUUUCAAGAGAGAUGGAUAGUAAUUUUUAAGGUGUCGCUCCCUCUUAUAAUGCAUGAAGAAUGCAUGUGGAUCUUUUUUUCAUUGCUGGACUUGGAGAGACAAAACCUUAGUUUGUGUAAACUUGUCAGCUAUGUGUUAUUUAUCUUUUGUGUCAUGUUGGCCAGGUAAAUGGCAUCGACACCUUGAAUAACACUGUAGAAAUUUCAGUUUUGGGAUUUUUUUUAGGCAUUUUAUUCAGUUGAUUUUCCACUGGAGUCCUUAUACUGUUACUGUAAUUAAAGAUAGUAUUAUUACUUUAUUAGUAGUACUACAGUAAGUAUUUGUUUCAAAUGCACAGCUUGGUUUCUUUUUCUUUCUUUCUAAGAGUAAACUGUUGCAAGUGUGUUUUAUUUUUAAAAACUGUCUUUGUGGAUCCAACAAAGAGCUCUUGAUAAUGUUUAAUCUCUUUUAAUAUAGACCCACAGUUUUGCUUCUUUAAAAAGGCUCACCUCUUAGUUUCAGUGCAAAUGUGUUAGAUUUCUUCAGUGUUGAUCAUCUUGCUUUUUUGACCUCUAAAGCCAGAGUAACCUGCAGUUGUGGUCCACUGGACUGGUAAUUGCUUGAUAAACAGGUUAAGCUCUAGUCACUAAGAAUGUUCCUGGUCAGGUUUGUCAGAGGAAACGAUGGCCAUGAUACUCUUUAAAACGCUGUUUAAGUAGUGAAAUAAAGCUGCUGUGUACCAAUGA